CACUAAUCAGUAGAGUAGAGGUAUGGAGUGUAAGGGGAGCCCUGAAGGUGGUUUGCUAAAGGAUACCACUCCUUUGAUCAGUAUGGGAGCCCUGGAGGAGGAGAAGGUUGGGAAAUCUGAUUCUGGUUUACGUAACUUCAGAGCACUAUGGUUUCUCUUCCUCUGGUAUUUCUUCUCAGGAUUAACCCUGUUUAUGAACAAGUAUGUGAUGACCUACCUGGAGGGAGAUUCAACCCUUCUCGCUGGUUUUCAAAUGCUUCUCACCCUCAUCUGCGGAUACAUACAGAUGUUCUAUCCUAUUGGGUUCGGAGCUAAAACCAACCUGAAAUCUAGUAAACCUCCAGGUUUCUAUAAACACAUGUGUGUGGUGGGAGGGUUGAGGUUUAUCACUGUUCUCUUCGGAUUAGUAGCACUCAACUAUAUAGCAGUUAGCUUCACAGAGACGGUUAAAAGUUCUGCUCCCGCAUUUACAGUUAUAAUUUCAAGAAUAAUAUUGGGUCAAACUACCGGUGUGUACGUGAAACUAAGUUUAAUCCCUGUGAUGGGAGGAUUAGCUCUGUGCUCUGCUAAUGAGCUGAGCUAUAACCUGGCUGGGUUCUCUGCUGCUCUGCUCACCAAUAUCAGUGAGUGCUGUCAGAACGUAUAUUCUAAAAUGUUAAUCUCCGGAGAUGCAUUUAAACUAAACCCUGCGGAACUACAGUUCUUCACCAGUAUUGCAAGUUUAGCUGUUACAAUACCUACUGCAGUUCUAAUGAUGGACUGGAGCAAGGUGUUGCAGACGGAUACAACCAUGUUCCUCUGUCUCGUCAUCAACGGGAUAUUCUUCCACUUCCAAACCAUCUCCGCAUACGUUCUCAUGGACUACAUUAGUCCUGUCACGCAUAGUGUUGCCAAUACCAUGAAACGUGCAGUUCUAAUCUGGAGUUCAGUAAUCCUAUUCGGGAACCCGGUCACAACCCUCUCCGCCCUGGGCACCCUCGUCGUUAUCCUCGGGGUCCUUCUCUACAAUAUUGCUCUCCAGGCUGACGCAAAAUACGCACAUCGAGUUAUUCAUCUCGGGGGAAAGAAAAUGUUUGUGGAAAAAAUUUGAAUGUUUAAAACCUGGAAAAUUUGAAUAGUUCGGAGAAAUGAAGGAAACUAUAUAUUACGGAUC